CUCUCUCUCUCUCUCUCUCUCCAUUUCUCACCCUCCCAGCCAUGGAAGAAGAAGAAGCCAAUCCACUCGCCGGAAAUCGCCGAAACCCGGCGAGUGUUUUGUCGGAAUCUGCAUUUGGAGGAGACUUUGAAAGCUCAACCUUCACUGAGCUAUUGGGAAUACACGACUUUUCCUCUCCUUUCAUGGACUUUGCACCCCCUUUGCUGCCGGAAUUUCCAAUCCCUUCUCUAAAUUCCGGUGACCCACCUGAAAAUAGUAACCUCCCUGCGACCCCCAACUCCUCGAUCUCUUCUUCUUCGACUGAGGCAAAUGAAGAUGAUGGUGCAUCACGAAAUAUCAAGGACGAGCAAGAGAAGGUUAAGAAAGUCUCGAAGCCGAAGAAGAAGACUCAAAAGAGGCAGAGAGAACCAAGGGUUGCUUUCAUGACAAAGAGUGAAGUGGAUCACUUGGAAGAUGGCUACAGAUGGAGAAAAUAUGGCCAGAAGGCAGUGAAGAAUAGCCCUUAUCCAAGGAGCUACUACAGGUGCACUAGCCCGAAAUGUGGGGUGAAGAAGCGGGUGGAGCGAUCGUUCGAGGACCCAUCGACCGUGAUCACGACCUACGAGGGCCAGCAUACGCACCAGAGCCCCGCAUCUCUGCGUGGAGGAGGUGGAGCCCCGUCCUCUUCUGGAUCUUCCUCUUCAUCGUCUAUGUCUAUGGCUGCAACCCUGGAGUCCGGUUUCGGGGCAUUUCCGAUGCAAAUGAUGGUGCAACGAGCCUCUCAAGAUCCUAAUAAUACUUCAGCUUCUCACUCUAGCAUCUAUAUGAACCAGGCCUUCUCUUCUCUCCCUUUUCCAUCUCCUUUUCCUAACAUUUUGAGCCGCUUUUGCAAUCCUACCAUCUCUGGUACCACUACCACGCAGAACAUACAGGCCCAGUUGAGGGACCACGGACUGUUGCAGGAUAUUGUGCCCUCUGACAUGAGGAAAGAUACAUGAGGGCUUUCGAGGCUAUUGUAGGGUAGUUGCCCUUUUCUCAGCACAUAUGUUAUAUAGCUUUUUGAGCAAAGUUAUAGCUUUCUUUCUUUUCUAUCUUUUUUACUGAGCUAUGCUAUAGCUCUCUCUUUCUUUCUUUGAGCACAUAGGGUGAAUGGUUUUUUUGGGCUAUGUUAUAUCUUUCUUUUCUCUUUUCUUUCUUCUUGGAACAGGCACUCUACAUGUACCCAUGUAACAUAGCCUAUUGGGUAUGUAUCGGAUCCUCGGCUUCGCAAUUUUCUCUUGACAGUACUAAUUUAAUGGUGGAUUACUUUUGACUUCGAGAACAAAUCCAUGCCUUUCCCUGCCUAAUCGUCUACAAAAUCAAUCUUCGAGGAUUCUUGCAAUAUGUUAAAGUUUUUUUGUUAUGAAGUGGCCAAAGAGUGAAGAGGAUUGACGCAUCCAUCACAUCUCUAUGAAGAUAAGAAACAUCGUUCACAACAGUUCGUUUCCCAGCAUCUUUUGUAGAGAGACGAUAAAAAAGGGACAGACCCCUAAAUAUUUUGUGGAGAAGCACAUUAUAAGACUAUUUACCUUUGAUACAUAACCGUAAGAUUCACUAUGCCUUGAUGGAUAUAAAAUUGCCAGCUGAGAGUGUCCCAUAAACCGGAUUCAAAUUUGGAAAAGGUAAAUUUCAAACUUUGCUGCAUACUUCAAGCUA